AAUAUUGAGGAUAUGUUGGUGAAUCGUCCUUUGGAAAUUCCAGAAAUACAAUUUCGGAAGCUAAUUGCAUAUUGGAGUAUUCCAACUGUCAAAGCCAUGUGUGUUAUAAAUUCUGAAAAUCGCAAGAAGCAACAAUGGAGGCAUAAAAUGGGACCAAUCAAUUUUGCAAGAGUGCGUGUUGAUUUGCGUGAGAAAAAAGAGAACAAAGAGGAACCAAAUCAAGCUGAAAUGUUUGUUGCAACUCGGAAUGGACUAAAAGGGAAAACACUUGAUGUAGAAACACAAGCUGUUAUUUAUCUACUUUAUGACUGUUUUGUGGUUGUCAUGAUUGCUGACUUGCUGCUUUCUAUGUUUUGUGGUAUCUAUUUUGUGGCUGUUUCAUGGGCUGUUUCAUGGCUGAUUUAG